AUGGCUUUCCUGGCGCUCGCGUUGGCGCCGUUUGGGGCGCUGGGCCACGGGGCGCUCUACGAGCCCCCGCCCAGGAACUCCCAGGGGAUGGGACUGCUGGCACCCAGCUGCGCGGGGGGCGCCUGCCAGUGGUACAGCCAGGGCACCUCGAUCGGCUGCCCGGCCAUCUCUGGAUCCCACGACGCGGCCCCAGAUUGCCCUGACCCCGCGGAGCCUACGCUGAGGUUUGGGCAGGACGACGACCUGCUGCAGUACCCGGAUGAUGGGUACGGGCACCCCACCACCUACCACCCCUGGCGGUACCCGGGCAGCGCCCCGGUGGGCGACGUCUGCGGCAUCACCGGCGGCGCCAGUCCGCCUUUGGGGCAGCUGGACCCGCCCCCCGGCUUCGCCAGCGGCGCCGCCGGGUCCGAGCUGCCGAAGCUGCUGGAGAAGACGGUGUGGCGGGCCGGCUCGGACGUGGAGGUGGCCUGGGGCCUCGCGGCCAACCACGGGGGGGGCUAUCAGUACCGCCUCUGCCGGGCGGACAAAGAGAUCUCGGAGGAGUGCUUCCAGCAGACGCCCCUGGGGUUUGUGGGCGACAAGCAGUGGCUGCAGUUCGGGCAAGGCUUCGAUCGGAACGACCGGAUUGAGAUCACUGCUCGCCGGGUGGGCGGCGACAAGGUGGUGCCGAAACACUCCACCUGGACCAUGAACCCCAUCCCCGGGUGCAAGGGCACCGCCGCCCGGGCGCGCACACCCUGCUCGGGCCCCACCUUUCAGCCCCCAGCAAGCGACCGCUUUUGGAAGUAUGGCGGGGGCAAGGAGAAGGGCAUCUACGGCUAUGGGGGCGGCCACUGCAUGGGCAACCUUUCCGUGAAUCCGGACGCCAAGUGCAGCUUGGAGGAGUAUGGCAGUGCCUCUUUCGACUUCGGCAUUGUGGACCUGGUACACGUGCCCAAGGACCUGCCGGAAGGGGAGUAUGUACUGAGCUGGCGCUGGGACUGCGAAAUGACCAAGCAGAUCUGGAGCAGUUGCGCGGACGUCACCAUCACAAAGAACGAGCCCACCAGCGUGGCGUUCACCCCGCUGAGCGGCUGCACGGCGUGCUGCGAGGGCAUCUGCAGCCAGUGCAGCGACUGUUUGGAGGACAAGAGCGGGUCCUGCGCGCAGUGCUGGCAGCCUUUGCGCUGGUGGAGUGGACGGGACUGGUGGACCCCCCGCGCCAAGCCCAUCCAAUGCCUGGGCCAUGAGGGCCCGGGCGGGGGCCCGGGGGAGUACCUGGCGGGGGACCCGCUGAGCCCUCCCUGGUCCCCCGGGUGCAGCCGCUGCUGGGCUGAGGGCUGCGAGGUGCGCGUGCGGGGCACCGCCGCAGCCGCGCCCAGCUGGCCUCUCCUGACGAAGCUCUUGCUGGCGGGCGGCGCGGUGCUACUCGCGGGGGGGCUUCUCAUUUCCUACAUGCGCCGAGCUCCCGCGGAGAGCGCGCGCGAGCUGGAACGCGCACCACCCAGCACUGAGCUUUCCCCUUGUUCGCUCUGA